CUGUCUGGAAUGUAUAAGCCAUAGUUAUGAAUGGGAGGGAACACUAUAUAAACAAAGACAAGGCUCUCUUUAGAAAUGUCUGAACCAUUGGCUGUGUGUUUUACCGUAUAGUCCAAGCAAGAACCCAGUGGAAAGUCCCUCUUUAACUGGGCGUCUAGCGGGUGUCACAGAUGGAAGACAGAAAAGCUGCUGGCCCCUCAAGAGCUGCCAGGCGGAGACGCUGGUGGCGUCUGAGACAGCGUUGGAAGAUGGUUGGGCUGUUUGAGAUCAACCCAGAACAUGAAUUUUACCAACUGACAUCCAUGAUAAAAGAAGGCAUGCAUGCUUCCAUACAGACCACAAUGGACACAUCAGGCCAGGACACACCUGCAGCUGAACAAUUCUCAACAGAGGAAACUCAAACCCAUGAGGGAUUUCAGAUGCAGACAUUUGCAGCAUCAGUGUUUGCUCAACAGAGGCUUUCUCUGGACAUCACAGAGGAGGAGUACAUGAACUCCCUCUGCUCAGACCAAUGUUACCUCCAGUUUGUCAGUAACUCCAAGAGCAAAGCAGAUUUCUUUGUCACGAAUGAUAAGAGAUUCUUCCUGAAGACCCAGAGCAAGCGUGAGGUCUGCUUUCUGCUGUCCAACCUGCAGGCAUACAUGGCCCACUUGGAGAAAUACCCACACUCACUGAUGGUGAAGUUCCUGGGUGUCCACAGGAUUGUUAUCCCUAAUCAAAUCAAGAAAUACUUUAUUGUGAUGCAGAGUGUGUUUUACCCUGAUGACAGGAUCAAUAUCAGAUACGACAUAAAAGGCUGUGAAGUGGGUAGAUGGACUAACCCUGACACAGGUGGGAAACAAAUAAUAAAAGUGUUGAAGGACAAUAACUUUGAAGGGCAAACCAUUGCAUUGGGUCAAGAGAAAUCCUGGUUUGCCCAUCAAGUGAAAGCGGACGCUGCCUUCCUCCAAGAGCUCAACGUGCUGGACUACAGCCUGCUGCUGGCCCAGCAACCUCUGCACAGAGACGAGCUGGAUGGGAAACACUCACUGGCUAACCUCGUUCUUCGCACCACAAAGUCUUUGGACUUAGAGACCAGUCCCACAGAUUCAGACCAGCCCACCGUUCCUUUACUGAAAGAGACCAUGGACGCAACCGAUACUCCACACCGUGGGUCAGUCGAUCCCCAGGCAGCAGCUAGUGAAGGGAUCCCCCUCCAGGAGAUAAGCUGCCCUGAAAGAGAAACCAGGUCUAACUCUGAGCUGCAGGAGUUCCAUGAACAUCAUCGUAGGCUUCUGCCCAACUGCAAAAAUAGCACUCAUGUGAUCGAUGGGCCAGAACAACGCUACUUUGUGGGCAUUAUAGACGUUUUCACUGUCUAUGGGUGGAAGAAAAGACUGGAGAAUAUGUGGAAGAGCCUCCGCUACCCAGGCAGGGCCUUUUCCACAGUCAGCCCUGCCAAAUACUCUCGCCGAUUCUGCCGGUGGAUACAGGACCACUCUCAGUGACUCAAUAAGAACCCAUUGGUCUCCUCAAAUGCUACUUCAGUUGUAACCCUGAUCAACAUUGUUUUGCAAUGUGUUUGCAAUUAGUAAAUAUAAUCAAACCGUUAUGUUCCCUAAACUUCCAACAGCAAGAACCUUUGUUGCAUUUUGUUCUGUUUCAAUUUAACAAUAAUUUAAAACUGCGACCAUAACCCAGGAAAAAUAGUUGUCCCUGGAAAUGUAAUUGAGUAUGCAGUUUGUUGUGAACAUCAUUUUGUAGCAGGAAUACAGAGAGCUGCCGCUGAUCUGGGAUAGGACUGCAACCAGUGAGUAUUCUUCAUGUUUGCAGUGAAUUUCUAUCGUUGAAAUAAUCACAACAUAGAUCCGUGGGGCAUACCUGAGGGGUCAGGCUGAAUCAAUCUAUGGACAAAUAAUUGAGGCAAAAAAUAAAUCAUUGCAGUGAUGCGUGCAGAUUGUGGAAAAGCAGUCCACAUGAUGAUCCCAUGAUUUUCAGAUGAGUUUGCCUCUUUCUCUUUCUCAUACUGUUUCUUGUUGUUCAUGCAACUUCAAAUAGCAUUAAAGCUUUGAUGGGUAAUUAUCAAUAUAAAAUGUAAUUUACAACAGUUUGUUGAUGCAUAAUGUCCUUCAUAUUUAAUCAGUUAAAAGGGAGGCACUAUCUUUAGAGACAACUGUAGUAUAAUUCAACAGUUGAUUAAUCAAUGUAUAAUUGAUUAUGGGUAACAUAUUGUGUUGUUAUUAUUAUUUCCCAUUUGUUCUACUCCACAUCUAUAGUUUGUUUGUUUGGGUUUUGUUUAUGCUCCGGUUGUGGGUCAUUGGAAAAAAGCUAAAAAGAUGCAUCACUGUAUAGAUUGAACAGUCAAUAAUGCAUAAUGUAAUAUAAAUACUAUGUGACUAAAAUAAAUAUUAAAAAAACUCUUGUUUGUGGGUUUGAUACACGUUUCAUAGAAUAUUGAGAUUACUUGAAGCAGAGUCUGAUCUCAUGAACUGAUAAAGUGUGUUUUCAAGGACAUUUAGACCAGCUAGCAGGGACCUGUUAAUGAUAUGAAGUGCCUGAAAAGUCUACUUCUGUUCCUGUGGUUAAAGGUGUCCUUCAUGAUGGAGUCAGCAGUCUUUCAUUUCCCUGUACCACUCAGAAGGAACCAUCUGGGACUGCUGCCUUAUUUGGUUUGAAUUGGAUUUUUUAAUUCUUUAUUCAUAAUUUGAUGUUUUUGUUCCUCACCUUUUUUAUUUAAUUAUGCCACAAAGAUCUUGAUAUAGGUUUUGUGUAUUUGAGGGUGUGAUAAUACAUUUUAUAAAAAGUUACAGACAGAAGUUAUGAAACUUAUUUUAGGGUCCUUUAUCUUAUAAAUUGUGUUUUGUGCUUGUUGCUUUUUUAUCUGUUUGCAAGAUAUUCCUCCUGCUUCAUAAUAUCUU